CGGCAGUCAGUCAGGUAAGGCGCAGACCUCGCCGGUGGCCGAGAGCGCAGCGUCGUCAUGACUGAGGGCACGUGUCUGCGGCGUCGAGGGGGACCCUAUAAAACCGAGCCGGCCACUGACCUCACCCGCUGGCGGCUCCGCAAUGAGCUGGGUCGGCAGAGAUGGACGUAUUUCCAAGAGGAGGAAGCCCCUGGUCGACCACAGACCGGCCUGGAGGCCCACUCUUUGGGACUGGACACAAGGAGUUAUUUCAAGGACUUACCUAAGGCUCAGACAGCUCAUGAGGGGGCCCUGAAUGGCAUGACGUUUUAUGCCAAGCUGCAGGCUGAGGACGGACACUGGGCGGGUGAUUACGGUGGUCCACUCUUCCUCUUGCCAGGUCUCCUGAUUACGUGUCACGUGUCACACAUCCCUCUGCCAGCCGAAUACAAGAAGGAGAUGGCGCGGUACCUGCGGUCAGUACAGCUUCCUGACGGCGGCUGGGGCCUGCACGUUGAGGACAAGUCUACAGUGUUUGGGACCGCCCUGAACUAUGUGGCUCUCAGAAUCCUAGGUAUUGGACCUGAUGAUCCUGACCUUGUGCGUGCUCGGAACAUUCUUCACAAAAAAGGUGGUGCAGCGGCCAUCCCCUCCUGGGGAAAGUUCUGGCUGGCUGUCCUGAAUGUUUAUAGCUGGGAAGGACUCAAUACCCUGUUCCCUGAGAUGUGGCUGUUUCCUGAAUGGGUACCUGCACACCCCUCCACUCUCUGGUGUCACUGCCGGCAGGUCUAUCUGCCCAUGAGCUACUGCUACGCCACUCGGCUAAGUGCCUUAGAGGACCCACUGGUUCAGAGCCUCCGCCAGGAGCUCUAUGUGGAGGAUUAUGCCAGCAUCGAUUGGCCAGCACAGAGGAACAACGUGUCCCCCGAUGAGCUGUACACUCCACACAGCUGGCUGCUGCAUGUGGUGUAUGGAAUCCUCAACCUGUAUGAGCGUUUCCACAGUACCACCCUGCGCCAGCGGGCUAUCCAGAUGCUGUAUGAUCACAUUGCCGCUGAUGACCGGUUCACUAAGAGCAUCAGCAUUGGCCCGAUCUCGAAAACGAUCAACAUGCUUGUCCGUUGGUCAGUGGAUGGUCCAUCCUCCUCUGCCUUCCAGGAGCACGUCUCUAGGAUCCCAGAUUACCUUUGGUUGGGCCUUGAUGGCAUGAAAAUGCAGGGUACCAAUGGAUCACAGGUCUGGGACACCUCGUUUGCUAUCCAAGCAAUGUUGGAGGCAGGUGCACACCACAGACCUGAAUUUUUAUCCUGCCUGCAGAAGGCUCACGAAUUCCUGCGGCUUUCACAGGUCCCAGACAAUUUUCCCGACUAUCAGAAGUAUUACCGCCAGAUGCACAAGGGCGGUUUUCCCUUCAGUACUCUGGACUGUGGCUGGAUUGUUGCUGAUUGCACAGCUGAGGCUUUGAAGGCUGUGCUGCUCCUGCAGAAGCAGUGUCCCUCAAUCACAGAGCACGUCCCCAAAGAGCGUCUUUAUGAUGCUGUGGCUGUGUUGCUUAGCAUGAGGAAUUCUGAUGGAGGAUUUGCUACCUACGAGACUAAGCGUGGGGGCCAUUUGCUGGAGUUGCUGAACCCCUCAGAGGUCUUUGGUGACAUAAUGAUUGACUACACGUAUGUAGAGUGUACCUCAGCAGUGAUGCAGGCACUGAAGCAUUUCCAUGAACACUUCCCAGACCAUAGGGCAGCAGAGAUCAGGGAGACCCUCAAUCAAGGCCUGGAGUUCUGCCGAAAGAUGCAGAGAGCUGAUGGCUCUUGGGAGGGGUCUUGGGGGGUUUGUUUCACCUAUGGUGGCUGGUUUGGCCUGGAAGCUUUUGCUUGCAUGGGGCAUAUCUACCAAGAUGGGGCUGCUUGUGCAGAAGUAUCACGGGCCUGCAACUUCCUCCUGUCCCAGCAGAUGGCAGAUGGAGGCUGGGGGGAGGACUUCGAGUCCUGUGAACAACGGCGGUAUGUGCAGAGUGCCAGGUCCCAGGUCCAUAGUACGUGCUGGGCCCUGCUGGGCUUGAUGGCUGUCAGGCAUCCUGACAUCACUGCUCAGGAGAGGGGAAUCAGAUGUCUGCUGGAGAAGCAGCUCCCCAAUGGAGACUGGCCUCAGGAGAACAUCUCUGGGGUCUUCAACAAGUCCUGUGCCAUCAGCUACACAAGUUACAGGAACAUCUUCCCCAUCUGGGCCCUGGGCCGCUUCUCCAACCUAUACCCUGACAAUACCCUCGCCGGUCACCUUUGAACGCACAUCUGUCUGUGUUGCAGCUGGCCAGAAUCAUCACCAUAGAGUUCCUGGAGAGACUGGGGUUUUGGCAAGGUGAUAGGAGCCUUCUUAGCCCCACUUUAGGCCUUGUCACCUAUUGCAGACAUGGGGCUGGGGAUAGGGUCAGGGUUGGUGCCUUGACACUUGUCAGUAUAGCUUUAGUUCUGAGACUUGCUUCAGUGAGAAAGGGAACAAGACAAUCCUUGGAAUUCAAAGAGAAAGAGUGUACUCUGCAGCUCCUGGAUAUAUCCUUCUUGAGGGAGUGAGGCUAUAGAGUUUUCAUGACCAAUGACUUUCCUGUGAGGAGAGCAGCUGGCUUCUUCAUAUUCUCCCUUGUCUACUAUAGAAUGAGCCCCUGACCAGACUCCUGCUUGCUGGGCUGGGGGAGUUAUGUCAACCCUGUGAUGCUGGUAUGCUCAGAGAAAGGCUCAGUGGGGAGUGAGGUAGGUGCCUAGUUCACAGGUGCCUAGUUUCCUGUCUUGGAUCCUAGCCUGUGCUAUUCACUGCAUUGCUCUCAGCCUCUGCCAGCAGCAGAUCUGCCCCUAGUGGCAGCAACUGUCCUUUGGAAUUUGGGCUGUUGUCCCCAAAACAGUCAUGACCAGAUCACUGUAUGACAUACCAGUUUUCCAGGAAGGAAAUAUAAAUUUGCUUUAUCCUAAAAAUGUUACUAAAAGUCAUUUAAAUGAUCACUGACUCCCUUAAUAAACAGACAUUUUGGGCUGGAAUGAUGGCCCAGCAGAAAGGAA